AUGGCUAGGGUGAUGAUGAGUGCAAAAAAUCUGUCUAACAGGUUUUGGGCUGAGGCUGUCAACACAGCCUGUCACAUCUCAAAUCGUGUGUAUCUAAGAUUAGGAUCCAUGAUGACUUCAUAUGAAAUUCUUUAUGCUGAAGAUGAAGUUGAUGACUUAAUUGCUGAAAGAGAAUCAACCGAAGAAGACACUUCUACCACAGAUGGCCUAGACACAAACAGUCCAGUUUUAAGAGAAGAAGGUGUUGAGCCAAGUGUCACCACAUCUGACUCAGCACAUCCUACAGAGAAUACAGAGACUGAAUUGCAGCCAACCUUUGAUAUGGAUAUCAAAAGUGCUUUUCUGAAUGGGGUUUUAAAUGAGGAAGCAUAUGUAGAACAGACAAAGGUCAACCUUGAAGCUGUACCAAUCAGCUACAUUGAGCCCGGAGAUGAGCUGAACCCAAUCGACCCAGACAACUUCGAGUUUGUGGGUCCCUCUUCCACUGCCGGAAGGUUUCCAACGCGCCGGUCCAAGCGUAUGAAUCCCUUCCCAGAUCUGAAUACUGCGGUGCCACAACGCCGAAGGGGAGAAAACUCUCCCCGAAGAGGAAGCAGAGGAGGAAGAAGAGGAGGCAGAGGUGGCCGUACUCCAGUUAGGUCAAAUCCACCAAGAGGCCUUCAUUUGGUGGAUGAAGAAACUGAUGAUGAAGAAGGAGAUCCUACCUUUGUAGCACCAGAGGCUCAAGCUCUUUCCUCCAGCUCCUCUGAGUCAUCAUCAAAGGACUCAACUUCCCCAGCAUCAACUCAGGGGGAGACAUCUCAGCCCAGCAUGGCAGCAACAGCCUCUCAACACCCUGUUUGUGAAGGUGUUGCUUCACAUGCUCCAGAAGAUGCUGCUGCACCCACUGUCUCAGCAAAUGUUCCUCAGAAUGCUGCCGAGGAUGCUGCUCCUUAUCAGGAUGAAGAAAUGCCUGAUUUUUCUGGGAUGUCAUCUGCAGAGCAUGUUGACAUUCCUACUGUUGAUGCUCAGGAUUUCACCAGUACUGAAGAAACACCAUCAGCACCUCAUGGAGAUCCUCUGGAAACCCUGGCAGAAGCAACAGUUCAAGCAGAUGCAUCUCCUCAUCAGGCUGAAGAACCAGAGAAAAGUGAUGACAGCUGGGAGGUUCCUCUAGCUGCUUUUCGCAAAAAUUUGCCCUCCUCUGAUUCAGACAGUGAAUCUUCUGAAGACUCUUCUCAGCAGAAAGAAGGUGUUGCCCCACCUAUUGCAUCACCUGAACCAGCAUACGUCCCUGAUGAGCUUGAAGAUUCAGAAGAUGAUGACUCCUCAGAAGAAGAAGAACCAGACUUAGAUGGGAAGAAUUUGUCAACCCCUUUUGAGCUUACCUAUCACCAGUCCAUGGUGGACAUGCUUCAAAAGGCUCUUUCUGAUCAAAAAGGGGGAGAAAAAGGUCAUGAAGCUGAACCAGGAACUUCUCACCCUUUGGAUGCCAGAGGCAGAGAGCAAGGAGUAAAUGAAGAGGAAGCAAAGAAUGAGGGUGAAGCUCAAGGAGCAGAAGAAAGCAGUGGAUCUAGUGAUGGAGGAGCAGCAGCUGAUACUGAGGAGACUUUGGAUAUUCUACUUUAA